AUCAGUGCGCAUUUAUUGAGAGCCAAACACUAGUACAAAACCCUCUCUCUCCCUCUCUCUCUCACCACGCACACCCACACGCCCAUACUUACCCACCAGUCUUUCUGAAAAGUCUUAAAACCUAUUGUAAAUGGUGUUCCCAAAAUGAGUUAACAUAGACUCUUCUUGUACCUUCAUGCCCUUUAAUGUGUUCAACUUUCUUCUCUUCCAACUCCACUAUGCUCUGCGUUCUUGCCUCCUUGUUGGGAUUGUUCGGUUUUCUUGGAAUGGAGCUUCCUGUCAUAAUGGCUGAUUGCCCUUUGAAUUUUACUGUUUCAAAUUUUACUCUGGCAUCCUCUAUAUGCUCACACGAAGGUGACAGGGGAAAUUGUUGCCGCUACAUUAAUGCUAACAUUGCAAUUUCAGUUGCUCGUUUUGCUAAUGCAACAAGCAAGCUAGGGGUCCCUCCAGAUGCCUCUGACAUCUGCCUCCAAUCCAUAUAUCAGACUUUACAACUUUAUGGAGUUGCACAAAAUGCAACAGUUUUUUGUGGUUUUGGGACAAAAAUUCCUGUUAAUUAUGAAUGCAAGGGCCGAACUAGUGUCGUGCAUAUGCUUCAAUCUCCCAGAUUUACGGAGGUCACAGAAAAUUGCAAAGUGCCACUUGCAGAUGAAAGUAAAUGUAAGAAAUGCUUAAAUGCCGGCAUUGUUUAUCUGCAUCAUCUAGGAAUUGAAGAUAAUAUAACACUGAGUACUUGUCGCGAUGCCACUUUUGCUGCACUAGCAAGCCAAGUUGAUGAGAAAUCUACUAUUGACAUCGCAAGUUGUUUCUUUGGGGUUCAAGGACUUCUCCGGCCUCCUGUUUCAGAGUCAUCCCCAUCCUUGCCUACUCCUGAGGCUUCUCCAAGUCCACAUGUUGCUGAUAGUCCAAGUCAACUAUUGUUAGGUGUACCUUUUAAGGGAAACCAUCAUUCAUAUCACCUGACAUUAGUUCCAGGUAUUGCUAUUGCAGUCACAGCUGUUGCUAUUAUGACGCUCAUAGUCUUGAUAGUUCUAAUUCGCCAGAAAAGCAGAGAGCUAGAUGAGCCUGAUAAUUUUGGUAAAACCUGUUCGAAAACCUUACCUCCUUGUUCAACAUGGAAAUUUCAGGAAGGUUCAUCAAUGUUCCGAAAAUUCAACUACAGGGAGAUAAAGAAGGCAACAGAGGAUUUUAGCACCAUCAUUGGCCAAGGGGGAUUUGGAACAGUGUAUAAAGCUCAUUUUAGUGAUGGCCUGGUGGCAGCAGUAAAGCGGAUGAACAGAAUCUCUGAGCAGGGGGAGGAUGAGUUCUGCAGAGAAAUUGAGCUUCUUGCUCGGCUGCACCAUCGUCAUCUUGUUGCUUUAAGAGGCUUUUGCAUUAAAAAGCAUGAGAGGUUUCUGUUGUAUGAGUACAUGGGAAAUGGAAGCUUAAAAGACCAUCUUCAUUCCCCUGGUAAAACACCUUUAAGUUGGGGAGCUAGAAUCCAAAUUGCCAUUGACGUGGCUAAUGCCCUGGAAUACCUUCAUUUCUAUUGUGAUCCUCCUCUGUGUCACAGAGACAUUAAGUCUAGCAACACUUUAUUGGAUGAGAACUUUGUUGCUAAGAUAGCUGAUUUUGGCCUUGCACAAGCUUCAAAAGAUGGUUCGAUAAGCUUUGAACCUGUAAACACCGAAAUCCGGGGAACUCCAGGUUAUAUGGAUCCUGAAUAUGUUGUUACUCAAGAGCUCACUGAGAAAAGCGAUAUAUACAGUUUUGGAGUGUUACUACUGGAAAUUGUGACAGGAAGACGAGCUAUUCAAGAUAAUAAGAAUUUGGUAGAAUGGGCCCAACCAUACAUGGAAUCAGAAACAAGACUAUUGGAGCUAGUAGAUCCCAAUGUGAGGGAGUCUUUUGACUUGGAUCAGCUCCAAACAGUAAUUUCUAUAGUAGGAUGGUGCACCCAAAGAGAAGGAAGAGCAAGGCCUUCAAUAAAACAGGUCCUCAGGCUUCUUUAUGAGACAUCAGAACCAAUGCACAGUGAGUUUCUACAAGCUGUUGAAGAAUGUCAGGGAAAUCAGCAGAGAGGCAGAAGAAGCAAAGGGAAAAUGCUCAGAAACGAAGCAAUUUUUAACAGCGGGGAUGGAAGAUAUCUUGCUUCAUCUUCAAGUACAUCUCGUUCAUAUUGCAGUAGAAGCUUUUUGCUUGAGAAUGGCUCUCCAGAGUCCCCGUCAAAUAUAUUCUCAGUCUGAAACAUUCAUUAGGUUCUUCAAGUUUAAUGGAGUUUCUCAUUUACUUACUGACUUCAACUUUGUGGAUUUGUUAGAAGUAGGAAAACUCUUAAAGCGUCCAUAUGUUAAAGUCUUGGGAGAGAUUAGAAUAUAGUACUUUCUUUGCUUCUAUCAUCCGCAUUGGCUUGCAGUUGCAAAUAGUUUAACUAAAGA